GAAAAUAUGAUGAGAGAAAAAUCUACCCAAAAAACACUUACAUUAAGCAAUAGCCAAAUGCAAUGAGGAAGAAUAAAAUUCAGGUUCUAGCUAUGGACACAGUUAUCUAUUUUUUUUAAAAAGAACAAAAUCCUUUUUUUUUUUUUUGGUAAAUACCAGUUUCUUUGCAGUUCUUUUGUUUGAAUGUUUGUCUCUUCUUUAUAUUGACCCGACGCCUCAUCAUUAUCAACAUUUCCCAACCUCUGUCCACUCUCACCCCCUACAUUUCUGUGCUCUAACUCAAAAGCUGCUCUAUCAACACCUUCCCAUUCAACAGAUAUGGGAAAAAAAAUAGUAGUUGCACUAAAGUACACGUGUCUUUAUUGAUUUUAACUGCACUUUCUUGAGUUCUACUUAUCUGUGGGCGGGGGGAGAGGGUGUGUGUGUGUUCAUUUUCUUGAGUUGUGUUGUAGUUUUUCUGUACUGAUCAAAAGCAGAGAUGAGUGGAAACCACUUUGAUCUUUUCAAGAAAUUCAAGCGUUUGAAGCCUUAUGAACCAUCAGUAGCAUUUAUUGGCUUCUUGUUUUUCAUUUGUUGUUUAUACUUGUUUGUUUUCUUGUUGGAUUAUAGAACAGUUAAUAAUGAUACUGGUUUUCACUUGCGUGGGCCUUCUUUUUUUGUUAACUGGUUUGGCCUUAAUGAUGCUUCUUCUUCUUCUUCUUUGGUUGUGAAAAAUGAAAAAGUGGGGUUUCUUGAAAAUGAUUGUUCAUGUGAUAUAUUUGAUGGGAAUUGGGUGUGGGAUGAGACCUAUCCACUUUAUCAAUCAAAAGAUUGUAUGUUCUUGGAUGAAGGAUUUCGCUGUUCUGAGAAUGGUAGGCCUGAUAACUUCUAUACCAAAUGGCGUUGGCAGCCUAAAGAUUGCAACUUGCCCAGAUUUGAUGCAAAACAUAUGCUAGCAAAGCUGAGGAAUCGACGUGUAGUGUUUGUUGGAGAUUCAAUAGGAAGAAACCAGUGGGAGUCUCUUCUCUGCUUGUUGUCUUCUGCAGUUUCUGAUAACAGUUCUAUAUAUGAAGUUAAUGGUAGUCCAAUUACAAAGCACACUGGUUCUUUAGUAUUUAAGUUCAAGGAUUACAACUGCACAGUUGAGUACUAUCGAGCGCCAUUCUUAGUGCUGCAGAGUCGUCCGCCUGCUGGGGCUCCUAGAAAUGUUAAGAUGACCUUGAAGUUGGAUCAGAUGGAUUGGAGCUCUGUUAAGUGGAGAGGUGCAGAUUUAUUGGUUUUCAACAGUGGUCACUGGUGGAAUUUUGAGAAAACUAUUAGAGGGGGAUGCUACUUCCAAGAAGGCAGAAAGGUCAACAUGACGAUGAAUGUGGAGACAGCAUUUCAGAAGUCAAUUGUAACACUGAUUGAUUGGAUAGGUCGAGAAGUGAACAUGUCCAAGACUAAAGUCUUCUUUCGUACUUAUGCUCCUGUACACUUCAGAGGUGGAGACUGGAAGACUGGCGGUAGCUGUCACCUGGAGACAUUACCCGACUUAGGAUCAUCCCAAGAGUCAUUGAAGAACUCGUUUGAAUAUAAGACAAUCUUUCAGGUCCUCUCGCAGCUCUCUAACAAUUCAAAGGCUAGGAAUAUUGGUUUACUGAACAUAACAGGAAUGACAUCUCAUAGAAAAGAUGGUCACUUGUCUUUGUAUUAUUUAGGCCCUAAUGUGGGUCCAGUUCCUCUCCACAAGCAAGACUGCAGCCACUGGUGUCUCCCCGGUGUCCCUGAUUCAUGGAACGAGCUUCUCUAUGCAAUCCUCCUCAAACAGGAGUUAGCUCAGGAAAAAAUCUUGGAUUCCACUUCUCAAUCCUCAGAAUGACAGGCAGACAGGUCAUCUCAGCCAUGUCAACAUGUUUCCUCCAAGAUUGGUGCAUCUAGUCUAAAAUAUAAGGCAAACUGAUUUCUUUUGAGCUAACGGAUUUGCUUAUCCUGGUACUCUUGCAGCUCAUAACCAUUAUUUUCCUAGAUCAAUUUUUGAAGUACAAAAAAGGUAUUCUCACAAUUGUUUUCCUGGGCCAUUUUUAGUCACUGAGCACUCAGGAGUGAAAUAUAGGUCUUCAGUUCACGAAUAUGUUGAAACUAUAAAGAGCAUCGUGAACAUUAUAGAUGCAGAGACCUUAUCCAUUUUGACAAAUUCAGUGUGUAAAUACUGAUCCUCUUUGAUAGUACAUAACAACAAUUAUACCUCUUAUCUCAAGCAAGUUGGAGUCGGCUCUAUGAAGGAUGAGGAAAAUAUUGCGACAGUGCUAUCCAUUUCUUCACCAUGUAUGAUGUUUGUUUCAAUUGCAAUGAUAACUGUAUAGACAAAAGUGGAACUGGUGUUAGAGGUGGUUUUUCAAUUGAUUAAAUAUUCAAUUUAUGAACAUAUAAUAGAGGGUUAAGAGUUGGAACAAAUUUACUCCUUAACCAGUUAUAAUGUAUUAAUGUUAAUAAAAUCGUCUUUUUCAUUAUUUUUC